GAAAGUGCCGCGCAACGUCAGAGGCUCUGCGAUUGGUGCGAGUGUUUUGGAAGAAAGACGAAGAAUCGCAAAAUGGAAAAUUUGGGCAUGAAAAGUAGAGGUAUAAUUGGAUAAAUAUGUGGAGUUAAGAGCAGAAUCAUGGUAUUAACGCGUCGCAAAAUGAGACAGUGUCUACUCAUAGGAAUCAUCAUAAUUCUGAUGGUCGGCCUGUACAGGUCGUGGGCCAGCACUGUGAGUGUGAAGAAGGGUAGCGCCACGCCGGGGGAUGCUGUGGUGGAGGUUCUGUCGGAGCCGCACGCCCAGGAGACAGCGGAUUCACUGACGCGCCAGCUGGAGGCCACGAGACGGCGUGUGGCGCAGCUGGAGCGAAAGAUCCUCGAUCUGGAGACGCGCAUCCCCAUCAAAUAUCCGGACGUGAAGUAUCUGAACUACAAGAAUCGCCGGCGAAUCCUCGUAACUGGCGGCGCGGGCUUCGUGGGGUCGCAUCUGGUGGAUCUGCUCAUGAUGGAGGGGCACGAGGUGAUCGUGGUGGACAAUUUCUUCACCGGGCGCAAGCGGAACGUGGAGCACUGGUUCGGUCACGAGAACUUCGAGCUCAUCCACCAUGACAUCGUGAAUCCGCUGUUUAUCGAAGUGGACGAGAUUUAUCAUCUCGCCAGUCCCGCCUCGCCGCCUCACUACAUGUACAAUCCCGUGAAGACCAUUAAGACCAACACGAUGGGAACCAUAAAUGUGUUGGGCUUGGCGAAGCGUGUCGGUGCCAAAGUGCUGAUCGCCAGCACGUCCGAGGUUUACGGCGAUCCGGACGUGCAUCCGCAGCCGGAGACUUACUGGGGCCACGUGAAUCCCAUCGGGCCGCGCGCGUGCUAUGACGAGGGCAAGCGCGUCUCGGAGACGCUGAGCUACGCGUACGCCAAGCAGGAGAACGUGAAGGUGCGCGUGGCCAGGAUCUUCAACACCUACGGUCCACGGAUGCACAUGAACGACGGCCGUGUGGUGUCCAAUUUUAUUCUCCAGGCGCUGCAGAACGAGUCAAUUACAAUCUACGGGAAUGGGAAGCAGACGAGGUCCUUUCAGUACGUCACGGACCUCGUGGAUGGCCUGGUGGCACUGAUGCACUCAAACUACAGUCAGCCAGUGAACAUUGGGAAUCCGGUGGAGCACACGAUAGAGGAGUUUGCGGAGAUUAUUCACGAUCUCGUGGGUGGGAAGAGUGUGAUCAAGCAGAUGGCAGCCGUGGAGGACGAUCCGCAGCGCCGGAAGCCUGACAUCACCAGGGCCAAGAAGUACCUCAACUGGGAACCCAGAGUCCCGCUGAAGUUGGGCCUCGAGAAGACGAUCGAGUACUUCCGCAAGGAAUUGGCCAGAACCAAUCAUCACUCACAGCGCAAUGUGUUUGUGCCGCGACACGCUGAUGACUCCUAAAACUACUA